GAGCCGGCGCCGCCCCGCGGUGUGUGAGGACUCGGAAAGGGAGCCCGGAGAGGCCCCCCCCCCCGCAGUGGUGACAGUUUCUAGAAGCCCGUCCCGGCGUCCUUUGCGGUCUCAACAUGGAGGAGCUGACCGUGGAAGUGCGCGGCUCCAACGGGGCCUUCUACAAGGGAUUUAUCAAAGAUGUCCAUGAGGAUUCACUCACAGUUGUAUUUGAAAACAAUUGGCAACCAGAGCGACAGGUUCCUUUUAAUGAAGUCAGAUUACCACCUCCACCUGAUAUCAAGAAAGAAAUAGGAGAAGGAGAUGAAGUGGAGGUUUACUCAAGAGCAAAUGACCAAGAACCUUGUGGCUGGUGGCUGGCAAAAGUUCGAAUGAUGAAAGGAGAGUUUUAUGUCAUUGAAUAUGCUGCUUGUGAUGCCACGUACAAUGAAAUAGUCACAUUUGAACGACUUCGACCUGUGAAUCAAAAUAAAACGGUCAAAAAGAACACGUUCUUUAAGUGCACAGUGGAUGUUCCUGAAGAUCUGAGAGAUGCGUGCGCUAAUGAAAAUGCACAUAAGGAUUUUAAGAAAGCUGUAGGAGCUUGUCGAAUUUUCUACCAUGCUGAAACUACGCAGUUAAUAAUACUGUCUGCCAGCGAAUCAACAGUGAAGAGAGUAAAUAUAUUGAGUGACAUGCAUUUGCGCAGCAUUCGUACCAAGCUAAUGCUCAUGUCAAGAAAUGAAGAAGCCACAAAACACUUAGAAUGCACAAAACAACUUGCAGCAGCAUUUCAUGAGGAAUUUGUUGUAAGAGAAGAUUUAAUGGGACUUGCAAUAGGAACACAUGGUAGUAACAUACAGCAAGCGAGGAAAGUUCCAGGAGUAACUGCAAUUGAGCUUGAGGAAGAUACUGGUACUUUCAGGAUCUAUGGAGAGAGUGCUGAUGCAGUAAAAAAGGCUAGAAGUUACUUGGAAUUUGUGGAAGAUUUUAUUCAGGUUCCCAGAAAUCUUGUUGGAAAAGUUAUUGGAAAAAAUGGAAAAGUGAUUCAGGAGAUUGUAGACAAGUCUGGAGUUGUCCGGGUGAGGAUUGAAGGGGACAAUGAAAACAAACUGCCCAGAGAAGAUGGAAUGGUCCCAUUCGUAUUUGUUGGCACUAAAGAAAACAUUGGAAAUGUCCAAGUUCUUUUAGAAUACCAUAUUGCCUACCUGAAGGAAGUAGAACAGCUAAGGAUGGAGAGGCUCCAGAUUGAUGAACAACUGCGUCAGAUUGGUAUGGGUUUCAGACCUUCUUCCACCAGAGGUCCUGAAAAAGAAAAGGGGUACACUACUGAUGAGAGUACUCUCUCCUCAGUACAAGGGUCCAGGUCAUAUAGUGGAAGAGGGAGAGGUCGCAGAGGCCCCAAUUAUACGUCUGGUUAUGGUACAAACUCUGAGCUGUCUAAUCCCUCUGAAACGGAAUCUGAAAGAAAAGAUGAACUGAGCGAUUGGUCACUGGCAGGAGAAGAUGACCGGGAGAGCCGACAUCAGCGGGACAGCAGAAGACGUCCUGGAGGAAGAGGACGUAGUGUUUCUGGGGGUCGUGGACGUGGUGGACCACGUGGUGGGAAGUCAUCCAUUAGCUCUGUGCUUAAAGAUCCGGACAGCAACCCUUACAGCUUACUUGAUAACACAGAGUCAGACCAGACUGUGGACACUGAUGCCAGUGAAUCUCAUCACAGUACUAACCGUCGUAGGCGGUCACGUAGGCGAAGGACUGAUGAAGAUGCUGUUCUGAUGGAUGGAAUGACUGAAUCUGACACUGCUUCUGUUAAUGAGAAUGGCUUAGUCACAGUAGCUGAUUACAUAUCGCGAGCUGAAUCUCAGAGUAGACAAAGAAACCUCCCAAGGGAAACAUUGGCCAAAACCAAGAACGAAAUGGCAAAAGAUGUGAUUGAAGAACAUGGCCCUUCAGAAAAAGCAAUAAAUGGCCCUGCUAAUGCGUCUGCGGAUGAAUCUUCUAAGCCACAGCCUAGCCCUGAAGAAGAGAAGUCAAGUACUAUACAAGAAGAAGAAAAUAAUCAGGAAGAAGCAGUGCUGAAUGGUGUUUCAUAAACUGAAGUUCCUAGUUUACAGUUCUUUUACAUUACAUUUUACAAUAGUGCUUGUAUAAGCUUGCCAAAGAUAGAAUAUGGAUCGCCAGUCUUGACACCGCACUUUCAGUUCCUCCAUUUUGGAAUUCAGAAAGGGGAGGGAUCCUGAAGAAAUCAUAUGUUAAACAUACUUUGACACCUACUGUGUUAUAAAUAUAUCAUCAGAUGUGCCUUGAGAUAGUAUAUGUAACAUUUAAAUAAACAAAAACUUGCUGGCUAUAGGAAAUGUUAUUUUGUUUUCAAAAUAUGGCAAAGAUGUGGGGGGAAUCCCUAAUGUAAUAUUCUUUAUGAAAGCAUUAGCUGCUUUUGUUACAUUUUUAAUAAUAUGCAACCACUUCUUCACCUGAGGAAAACUAGAAAGAAAUGCAGUCUAAAAUAUUUUGCACUGAAUUGUAAUUUCUCCAUUAGUUUAGUCUGGAAACUGGUCUGUUUUAAUACAUGUUUUUUAAAUGCUGUAUGUAGAGGAAAAAAACUGCAGACCACUGGAAUACAUUUGUUAAAUUCUCAUAAUCUGCAGGGAUAUUGGGUGACAUUGGCAGUGACUGUUCUACUUUGAGGCUUUGUUUGGUUUAUUUAUUAAACUGUACAGUAUUUAAAAAUCAAACAUAGCUUUAGAUAAAACACUAAGCUGAAUUAGUCAUGUCCAUUAAGACAUAACCUGAACUACUGAAAAGAUCAAUUUCCAGAAAGUUUAUUCUGUAUAAACUACAUAUGUUAGUCCUUAGUAGAGUAUUUUUAUUUUGGUUGUUUGAUGUGCAAUAUGUUUUUGUAUGCUGGUAGAAAAAAAUAAACUUUGAUCUUCCAUUG